AUGUUCCGAAUCCUCGAAUCACAGGCGCCGGCCAAACAAACGGCAACGGACACAAUCAACACUCUGAGCAGUAGACUCCAAAGUGCGACUUUACUGGAGGAUCGACGCGCGGCCAUACAGGGACUAAGGAGCUUCUCAAAGCUUUAUCCAGCCUCUGUUGCUUCUGGAGCGCUACGACCAUUGAUCAACAGCCUGAGAAAUGACCGAGAAGAUGUGGACACGAUCAAGGUGGUCUUGGAGACCUUGUUGAUGUUAUUCUCCCCAGAUGAGAGCAGUCCCGAAGCGUCUGAUGAGAUAGCCCUGUGGCUUGCGGAUGAGUUCACUCAGCGACAAGACAAUAUCACCGCACUUCUCGAUCUCCUUGAUACGCGGGACUUUUACUCUCGCCUGUAUUCGCUGCAGUUGAUGUUCCAGAUCUCAAGUGCCCGGCCAGAAAGGACACAGGAAUGUAUACUAACUGCCCCGCUGGGUAUCCCCAGGCUUGUCGGUGCUCUGGGGGAUAGUAGGGAACCCAUUCGUAAUGAAGCACUACUGUUACUCAUUGCCUUGACACCUGCCUCCGAAGAAUUUCAGAAACUCGUUGCCUUCGAAAAUGCAUUUGACGUGGUAUUGUCCCUGAUCGAGAAUGAGGGUGGUUUGACGCAUGGAUUAGAGGUCGUGGAAGAUUGCCUGUCUUUGCUGGCCAAUCUUCUACGCCUCAAUAUAUCAAACCAGUCAUUCUUCCGAGAGACCGGCUGCGUGAAGAGAUUGGCAAAACUCCUAGCCGAUGUCAACAAAGAGCAGGAUUCAACUGAGGAUGUUCCCCAAUGGACGCAUGGUCAGCGCGAUAAGAAUAUCUGGGGCUUACUAGUGAUUAUCCAGCUGUUCCUCGUCAAGGGUGGGAUUAACACUCCCGCCAAUCAGAUGGCUUUCUGGAACAACGGGGUGAUGGAGCAAAUAUUGAGCGCGGCCUUCGGCCAGAAGUUCAAUGUCAAUGUGACGUCCAAGGCGUUGGCUACAUGCGCCGAUUUGAUCCGCGGAAAUUCGUCCCUGCAGGAGAGGUUCGGGGACAUUGAGGUCUUCUGGGGCCGACAGCCCAGUCAAGACGGCGUUGUCAAUGGGGACAAAGUCGCCAAUGGUGUUCAGCGCGUCAACGUCAUCGAAGCAUUGCUCAAAUUGAGUCUUGAACCCGCCCCAAUACAGGUACUGGAUGCCCGUCUGGCCGCAAGUGAGUGUAUCAAGGCAUUCUUUGCAAAUCAUCCGGGGAUUCGCGUCCACGUGUUGCGAAGAGCGAUUGAUGGACAUCUCAGCGGGCAGGAUCAAAUCCCGAAUAUCAUGACUGUUCUGCUCAUCUCGCCGGAUGCUCGAGGAAAUUCCGAUCCUUAUCAAGUGUGGAUUGCAUCUGUCUUAAUGUUCCACUUGCUGUUUGAUAAUGCCGAGGCAAAGGCGAUAGCCAUGCAAGUGACAGAGGGCGACGCUGAAAGUGGUGAAGAAGUAAUCACCUGCAUCCAAACAAUUCUGGGAAACCUAAUCACAGGAAUGCAAAGGGGUGAUGACGAGAGAAUCACGGUAGGCUAUUUGAUGUUGCUAUGCGGGUGGCUCUUCGAAGAGCCAGAUGCUGUCAAUGAUUUUCUUGGAGAGGGUAGCAGUAUUCAAAGCUUAUUGCAAGAAACUAAGCAUCGGGGUGUCUCCAAUGUACUUGUGCCCGGCCUGAGCACGAUCUUACUGGGAAUCAUCUACGAGUUUUCCACGAAGGACUCGCCCAUUCCUCGGGCUACGUUGCACAAGUUAUUACUCGAGCAGCUAGGCAGAGAGCAGUAUAUUGACAAGAUAACUCGCUUCAGAGGAUCGCCCAUGGUCCGGGACUUCGAGGUCUUGCCGCAAACGGUGGGAGGGCAGUUUGACGCGGGGCUACCUGAUAUUUUCUUUGACAGGAUGUUCAUUGAAUUCCUUAAAGAUAAUUUCAGCCGGUUGAUUCGGGCAAUUGAUCGGGAACCCGGGCUUGAGAUAUCUGUCAUCACAAAUGGCAUUCAGCGAGGGAUUUCGCGAGAACUGGUCGAUUCGCUAAGGGCUGAGCUCGGAGAACGAAGCCAAGCUGUGCAGAAGCUCGAAUCUGACUUGGUCAAUUUGCGAAACCAAUUUGAGCAAGAGCAGCUUGAACACAGGAAGUACAAGGACCUGAGCAGCUCAGAGACUUCAAAAAUACGGCAGAUUAACGAAUCAUUGCAACGAAACCAUGAACAAGAGUUGGCGAGAUUGGAAGAACAACACAAACAUGCCAAGAACGAAUUGCUGAAACAGCAUGGUGACCAACUUCGAGCUAUCGACAACCAGCUCAAGGAAACCUCCGCUGAAUACGAGAGGAGAAGCCAGCAAGUCAAGAAGCUGCACGAUGCCGAAGUCGCUGAUCUCCAAAAGAAAGUCCAAUCGCUAGAAUUGGAGCUUACCCGCGUCAGGGAAGAAAGUGCAGGCGAAGUUGGCAGCUUACAAACGACGAUUCAGACGAUGAGAUUAGAAGCAGACCAAAGCAAAGGACAACAUUGGGCCCAGGUAGCAGAUCUUGAAAGCACAAUCCAAAGUUUGCGCUCAGAACUAGACGAAAGCAAGGCGAAGCAUGCCGACCAGGUCUCUAAUCUCAGCGGCACGAUUCAGAAGCUGCAGUCCGAGCUUGCCGCGGCCAAGCAAGGACAUGAGACUGAGCUUGCUGACAUCAAAACGAAAGCUCAGACGCUACAGUCUGAACUUGACAAAGCCAAAGAAGGACAUGAGACUGAGAUUGCUGACCUUAGAGCGAAGGCUCAGAUCUUACAGUCCGAACUCGAUUCUAGUACGGAAAAGUCAAAGAAAGAUCUCCAGGCUGUUCACAAUGACUACUCAUCUAAGCUCUCAGAGCUCGAAAAGCGGGCCAAGCAGGCUGAGAGCAAGGUAGAAAAAGCUGAAGCAGAUGCACUCAGAUCUGCUGAAGCACUUAAGGAGAUCCAGACACAACUUGAAAAGACCAAGGCUGAAGUUGAGGAGAAGGAGGAAGCCCGCAAAGCAGCGCAGUCCGAACUCGAAGAUCUCCUGAUCGUAUUUGGGGAUUUAGAAGCGAAGAGAAAUCAAGAUAAGGGCAAGAAAUCUUGGCAGAAAAUCGGCCUGUGGGGCAUGAGUCAUUGCCGCCCUACAAUUAUCAUCUUUUUUAUCUACCCCCGCGACCCCUCGCUCCCGGCCAUAGAUCGCACCGACAGCCAUUAUCUGACGACUAUCCGCUCAACCGUCAUGUCCAUUGAUUUUCCGGCUGAGGAAGAGAUCACCCUCAAGAGGUGGAGGGAGAUCAACGCCUUCGGGAGGCAAGUCGAGCUAUCCCGUGGCCGCAAGCCCUACACUUUCUACGAUGGCCCUCCAUUCGCAACGGGCCUUCCUCACUAUGGUCAUUUGCUGGCCUCGACUAUCAAGGAUAUUAUCCCUCGAUACUGGUCAAUGAAAGGUCACUAUGUCGAGAGACGGUUCGGUUGGGAUACACACGGUGUCCCCAUCGAGUACGAAAUCGACAAGAAGCUCGGGAUGUCGGGCUUGGAGGCUGUCGAAAAACUCGGCAUUGAAAAGUACAAUGAGGAGUGCAGAGCUAUUGUCAUGAGAUUCGCGGCUGAAUGGCGGGAGACCAUUGAGAGGCUCGGCCGUUGGAUUGACUUUGACAAUGACUACAAGACCAUGAACGCCAGUUUCAUGGAAUCAGUUUGGUGGGUUUUUAAGCAGCUGUUUGACAAAGGACUCGUCUACCGUGGCUACCGUGUCAUGCCUUUCUCGACCGCACUCAAUACCCCCCUGAGUAACUUCGAAGCGCAACAAAACUACAAGGAUGUGCAGGAUCCUGCAGUAGUUGUAUCAUUUCCUCUGGUAGAUGACCCUGAGACCUGCCUUCUCGCAUGGACGACCACGCCCUGGACCCUGCCUUCUAACGUGGCCCUCGCUGUCAACCCUGGUUUCGAGUACAUCAAGAUUUUCGAUGAAGCCUCCAAGAAGCACUAUAUCCUUCUCGAAUCGCUCCUUCGCACACUCUACAAGGACCCUAAGAAGGCCAAGUUUAAGAUUGUGGAUCGUUUCAAGGGUGCGGACAUGAAGAACUGGAAGUACCAGCCACUCUUCGAUUAUUUCUACGAGGAGUUCAAGGAUUACGGUUUCCGUGUGAUAAAUGGGGAUUAUGUAUCCGCUGAGGAUGGUACCGGUAUCGUCCAUCAGUCGCCGGCCUUCGGUGAGGAGGAUUACAAGGUUGCUAUGGAAAGUGGUGUUAUAAGCGAAACACGUCUGCCACCUAAUCCUGUCGAUGAGACGGGCUGCUUCACCGCGGAAGUUCGUGAUUUUGUUGGUCAGCAUGUCAAGGCUGCCGAUAAGGCCAUCAUCAAGCACCUGAAGGGCCUCGGCCGUCUGAUCGUCGACAGCCAGAUUACUCACAGCUAUCCAUUCUGCUGGCGUUCUGAUACCCCUCUUAUUUACCGCGCUGUGCCCUCCUGGUUUGUCAAGAUCGGCCCCAUCAUUCCCCAAAUGCUUCAGGGUAUUGAAGACUCGCACUGGGUUCCUUCUUUCGUCAAAGACAGGCGUUUCGCCAGCUGGAUUCAGAAUGCUCGGGAUUGGAACAUUUCGAGAAACCGCUUCUGGGGAACACCGCUUCCAUUGUGGGUCAGUGACGACUUCAAGGAAGUUGUGGCUGUAGGAAGUGUCGAGGAGCUCAAGGAGCUGAGUGGCUACGAAGGAGAAAUCACUGACCUUCAUCGUGACAAAGUGGACAAGAUCACUAUUCCAAGUAAGCAAGGCAAGGGUGUCCUCCGACGUGUCAGCGAGGUGUUUGACUGCUGGUUCGAAUCGGGUAGCAUGCCAUACGCAUCCCAGCAUUAUCCCUUUGAGAACAAGGAGCAAUUCGAGAAGAGCUUCCCCGGUGAUUUCAUCGCCGAGGGCCUUGAUCAGACGCGUGGUUGGUUCUACACUUUGACUGUCCUGGGAACACAUCUCUUCGGCACCCUGCCCUUCAAGAAUUGCGUUGUGAACGGAAUUGUUCUUGCUGAGGAUGGAAAGAAGAUGUCGAAGAGAUUGAAGAACUACCCUGAUCCCACGCUGAUCAUGCAGCGGUACGGUUCCGAUGCCCUUCGACUCUAUUUGAUUAACUCCCCCGUCGUGCGUGCCGAGCCGCUCAGAUUCAAGGAGUCUGGCGUGAAGGAAAUCGUUGCCAAGGUUCUCCUCCCUCUGUGGAACAGCUACAAGUUCUUCGAGGGUCAGGCAGCUCUGUUCAAGAAGAACAACGGUGUUGACUUUGUCUUCGACCCCAAGGCUGAAACCACCAACACCAACGUGAUGGACCGCUGGAUCCUGGCCAGCUGCCAAAGCUUAUUGAAGUUCGUGAACGAGGAGAUGGCUGGAUACCGUUUGUACACAGUGGUUCCUCGGUUGCUCGAGUUGAUUGACAACACAACCAACUGGUACAUCAGAUUCAACCGCAAGCGUCUCAAGGGCGAGAACGGCAUUGAUGACACUUUGCAUGCUUUGAACACCCUCUUCGAGAUUCUCUACACCCUAGUCAGAGGUCUCGCUCCAUUCACACCAUUCAUCACCGACACCAUCUACCAGAAGCUUCUUCCCCACAUCCCCGAGGCGCUCCGUGGCGAAGACAGCCGGAGUGUCCACUUUCUUCCCUUCCCCGAGGUGCGCGAGGAACUGUUCGAUGAAGUCGUUGAGAGACGGGUGGCACGGAUGCAGAAGGUCAUCGAGAUGGCCCGUAUCUCCCGUGAGCGCCGCUCCAUCGGGUUGAAGUCGCCUCUGAAGACUUUGGUUGUGAUUCACCAGGAUCAGCAAUACUUGGACGAUGUGAAGUCCUUGGAAGGCUACAUCCUGGAGGAGUUGAACGUCCUUGAGCUUGUCUUGUCGUCUGAUGAGGCCAAGUACAAUGUUCAGUACAGCGUUAGUGCCGAUUGGCCUACCCUGGGCAAGAAGCUGAAGAAGGACGCCCAGAAGGUCAAGAAGGCAUUGCCAUCCCUCACCAGUGAUGACGUGAAGAAGUUUGUUGCUGACAAGAAGAUUCUUGUUGACGGCAUCGAGCUCGUCGAGGGUGACCUUGUCGUGAAGCGUGGUCUCAAGGAGGAUGCUGCAUCUGAGGGAAUGGAACCUAACACUGAUGCUGAUCUGCUGACCAUCCUUGACGCCAACCUAUACCCCGAAUUGGCUCAACAAGGAUUAGGUCGAGAGAUCAUCAACCGUCUUCAGCGUCUGCGUAAGAAGGCCGGUUUGGUCCCUACUGAUGAUGUGAGAAUGGAAUAUGCCGUUCUCUCUGAUCCCGACAGUGUUGGUAUCAACGAGGCUUUUGAGACGCAAGCCAAGACCAUUGAAAAGGCUGUCCGCAGGCCCUUGGAACAGGUUACCGUCGUUGAUGGCAAGGUCCCCAGCGGAGACAAGGAAGCUCUUAUCAUGGAGGAGGAGCAGGAAGUUCAAAAGGCAACUUUCCUGUUGCGGUUGCUCAAGCUGUAG